AUGAUUCUUUAUGACUCCGACUCCGAUGAUGAGUUGGAGAUAGUUACAAUAGCUUCUAUGGAAGCUGAGAUAUAUCCUCCCAAAUUAUUUCGGAGAAGGUUUCGAAUGAAUCGUUCUCUUUUUCUCCGCAUUAAAUCUGAAGUAGAAGCUUAUGAACCAUAUUUUGUUCAGAAAAGAAAUGGUGCUAGAGUGCUCGGUUUGUCUUCUCUUCAAAAAAUAACUGCAGCUCUUAGAAUGCUUGCUUAUGGAGUAGCACCUAAUUUUAUGGAUGAAUACUUGAGGAUUGGAGAAAGUGCUGCAAUGAAAAGCCUAAAGAAAUUUGUCAAAGCAGUGGUUUCAAUUUUUUCUGAUGAGUACUUGAGGUCACUGAACAACGACGGCAUUGCUAGAAUUCUAGCUAUUGGCGAAAGUCGCGGUUUUCCUGGGAUGUUAGGGAGCAUUGAUUCAUUUUUUGGGUUACCUGAGUCUAAUAAUGAUAUCAAUCUUUUAGAGCGGUCUUCCGUAUUUACUGAGCUUGCUCAAGGGUGUGCUCCUCGAGUUAAUUACACCAUUAAUGGAAAUGAAUAUACCAUGGGAUACUACCUUGUUGAUGGUAUAUAUCUACAAUGGGCAACUUUUGUUAAAACAAUUCCUUGUCCACAAGGAAAAAAGAAUAAACAUUUUGCUGAGGCCCAAGAGGCCUAUAGAAAUGAUGUAGAUCGUGCAUUUAGAGUGCUUGAAGCACGCUUUGCAAUUGUGCAUGGACCUGUACGACCAUGGGAUCUUCAGACUCUUAAAGAUAUUAUGAAAGCUUAUAUAAUACCACACAACAUGAUCAUUGAGGAUGAAAGAGAUGGCGGAGGAGAGCAAAACAUUGAUUAUGAACAAAUCGAUAAAAUCCCUCAUGCACAAGUGUCACUUGAAUGUACACCUGAUAUCAUGGAAUUUAUUCAACAACAUCGUCGCAUAAGAGAUAGAGAAACUCAUUCUCGACUCCAAUCGGAUUUGGUUGAGCACUUAUGGCAAAUCUAUAGCCAAUCUUAG